GUGUCGUAUCGGUACCGUACCGUAUCGUCGCUCGUUGGUGGGAGAGGAGAGGACAUAGCAACCACCUUCUACUCUACCUUCUCCAACCGUCCAACUACAACAAUCCCUCCCCCACACCCACACCCACACAACAAUCCCUCUCACCACCCAACUCCAAACAAAUACACCACCGUAUCGCAAGUUCCCCAUACCUAGAGCUUCGAAUUACCCGCAUACAAUCAAUCACGCAAACUCCGCGCCGUGACGUGCAUCCUCCAGUGUACACAGACGCUUGCCCCGCGCACGCCCUGCACCUAUUCCUCCUACCUACCACCAUCUCUCGCAAACGCCGCUUCUACAACCCGCUCGCCACUCGCCCACGGAAAAACUACCACUACCUAGUAUAUAAAAAGAUCGAACGCUCCGUUUGUGCAAGAGAAGGAUUUCACCGGGCCAAGGAAAAGCGAACAGAAAAAGGCGGGCACGGAAUACAUUUAACCAUGAGUAACGCGGACUUCCUCGGCCGCGCCAUCGAGACGGUCAAGAAGGCCAUUGAGACGGACACGGCGGGCGAAUAUGAGAAGGCGUACCAGCUAUACUACAGUGCUUUGGAGCUGUUCAUGCUUGCGCUGAAAUGGGAGAAGAACCCAAAGUCGAAGGAGAUGAUCCGAGGCAAGGUCGCAGAGUACAUGGAGCGUGCGGAGAAACUCAAAUCGCAUCUGAACCAGAACGACGACGCGAAUCGGAAGAAGCCCGGGGCCAUAGGCGCGAAUGGCAAGUCGGCAGGCGGAAGCGGGAAAGGAUCGGGAGACGGAGACGACGACAACGAGGAUGCCGAUUCCAAGAAGCUACGAGGCGCGCUCGCCGGCGCCAUUCUCUCCGAGAAACCAAAUAUCCGAUGGGAGGACGUGGCAGGUCUCGAGAACGCAAAGGAAGCACUGAAGGAGGCCGUUAUAUUACCGAUCAAGUUCCCCCACCUGUUCACUGGCAAAAGACAACCGUGGAAGGGUAUCCUGUUGUAUGGACCUCCUGGUACGGGUAAGAGUUAUCUGGCGAAGGCGGUGGCGACGGAAGCAAACAGCACGUUCUUCAGUGUGUCAAGUUCCGACUUGGUCAGUAAAUGGAUGGGAGAGUCUGAGAGAUUGGUGAAACAACUCUUCGGCAUGGCUCGUGAGAACAAGCCCUCCAUCAUCUUCAUCGACGAGAUCGACGCCCUGUGCGGACCCCGUGGCGAAGGCGAAUCCGAAGCAUCCAGACGUAUCAAGACGGAACUGCUUGUGCAAAUGGACGGUGUAGGAAAAGACUCACGGGGCGUCCUCAUCCUCGGCGCGACCAACAUCCCCUGGCAACUCGACGCAGCCAUCCGACGACGUUUCCAGCGAAGAGUCCACAUCAGCUUACCCGACCUCCCGGCGCGGAUGAAGAUGUUCGAACUCGCGGUCGGCAGCACGCCCUGCGAGCUCAACCAAGGAGACUACAGGAAGCUGGCCGAGCUGAGCGAGGGCUACUCCGGAAGCGACAUCUCCAUCGCCGUGCAAGACGCCCUCAUGCAACCCGUCCGAUUAAUCCAAACAGCAACGCACUACAAACCCGUCGAAGAAAACGGCAUCCCGAAAUGGACCCCCUGCUCCCCCGGCGACCCGCAAGCAAAGGAAAUGUCGUGGACCGACCUCGACGGCGACCAGCUCGCCGAGCCCCCCCUACGCGUCAAGGACUUCGUCAAGGCCAUCAAGGCAUCGCGGCCGACCGUCAGCAGGGAAGACCUCACGAGGAAUUCCGAGUGGACCAAGGAGUUUGGCAGCGAGGGUGCGUAGAAAGACGAUGCAUGAGAGCGAGGGGGG